AUGUCAGAGGAGCAACAAUCUUGUGGCGAAAGACACAAACAACCCAUGGAUGCCCUUCAACUCAGCCCCGGGAAAAGGACUGCAGCCAAUCCAUUGGUUCACUAUGGACAUCAUUUCGGGCGGACAGUGCAUGCUCUUUGUAACUUUCAAGCUCUUCUUACAAAUGGGAUUUUACGAAUGGGCGAAUUGGCAGAGACUCCAGAAGAAAACUUCACAACUGAGUACUUCUGGGAGCAUCAUGUAUUCCAAGAGCUCCUGAAGUCUGUGGCUGGCCUGGAGGAGCACUUGAUGCAGGGUGGAGAUGAUGAGGUUGAUGCCGUUGUGGAGUUGCUCACUAAAGGCGCAUCUGGAGCGAGGGGCGAUGAUACCAAAAGUCUCAAAGGCAGCGUGCUAGACUGGAUUACUCUAAAGGGACAGAAUCUAAUUCCUCCUCUUGCUCGCAAUGUAAAGAUUGACCGUGGUUUUCACCAUGAACAGACAAGUGCACUACUUUGUCCUGCCAGCCUGGACUGGUCUCACUCAGAGACAAAAGCCAAGUUACAAAGUGGCAAGAUUGUCGUGACUGGAGACCAGUGGCCACUAUUCCUGUAUGCAGAUUACUACUACAAUCCUGAGGAUCCCUGGAACGGUCUGUUUCAAAGUGCCCUGUUGGUCUGUGCGUAUAAACACGUCUUUACCUCUCCUAGUUCUGUGGACAAAGAGCCGAAGGCGACUCAUUCGGACACUGUGACCAACUCAGAAAGAUUCUACAACUCUAUUUUGGAUGUAUUCAAAGAUCCAGAGGAGAGACAGGAGAUGGAUGACCUUGCAGUGUGGUGGAAUAGGUGA